GAUCGAGAACGGGGUGGGAGAGCCAGGCUCGGUGGGGCGAGGCCCAGGGCCCGGGCGGGGGUGAUGGAGGAGGCGCUGCUCUCCACCCCCAUCAACCCCAACAACUUCCCCGCCAAGCUGUGGCGGUUGGUGAACAGCCCCCGGUACCGCUCGAUCCGCUGGGAUGGCCGCGGCGAGGGGCUUCUCAUCGACCAGCCGCUCUUUGAGGCUGAGCUGCUCAGUCCGCCUGGGCCGGGAGCUGGAGGCGGCAGUGGCGCUGGGGGCAGCGGCGUGGGGGCCACCGGGGCCGAGCCCGAGCUCUUCAAAACCACCAACUUCACCAGCUUCAUCCGCCAGCUCAACCUCUACGGCUUCCGAAAGGUGGUGCUGGGUGGGCCGGGCGCGGCGGGGCCAGGGCCUGGGCCAGGGGCCGGCGGACCGGCGGGCGAUGGGCCACUCCACCACUUCCACAGCCCGCAUUUCCGCCGUGAUCAGCCGCAAUUGCUCGUGCACCUCAAGAGGCUCACCAGUGCCAACAAGGCCAAGCUGGCGGCCGGCCUGGAGGUGCCCUGCCGCCCACCCAACCGCUUCCAGAGGCUCCUCAUCACGUCAGCCUCCGCCUCGGCCUCGGCCUCCACCUCCCCGCUGCAGCACCAGGAUCCGCCGCCGCCGCCCGCGGGGCCCCGGCCAGAGCCGCAUGGACCAGUGGCUGUAGGACAAUUUCACCGGUCAUUCCGGAGAGAUAGUUUGUCUCCUUAUUCCUACGUAUCAGCUUCAUCCCACAACCACAGUACUUUCCCUCUGAAAGGUUUAGAUCGGACCCCGAUUCCUCCAAGAACAUGGCAGAACUCCCUUGGAAUGCACCCUGGACAAGUGGACACAUCUCCUACUUUUUCAGAUAAAGGGGUUCCAUUUCCUGUACUGCAGAGGUUUCCAACCGAGGUUACCUAUACACUGCAGCCCAGUGCCACAUCUGUACACGUUCAACAAGGCCCUCAAACAAUGGUCAGCUCCUCCCAAAAAUAUAGUAACUACACACCCUCAGCGCAGUACUCCCAAGCCUACUAUCCAACAGCUGUUCUACAGUGCUGCUCUCCUUCUACCCACAUGGACGCUCUAAGUAGUUGUGUCACUCCCACUGCCUCUUCCUACGCACACUGCAACUACUUCCAGAAUCCUCCAAUGCAAUCCUCCUAUCCAGUUGAAUUUUUGCCUUCUAAUUGGCCUUGCAGUGCUACUGAUGAAAAUAAAAAGACGGAAGUAAACCUAGAGGCUGUCUUUCAGAUAGUAGAUGAGUUGCAUUCCUCUCCUAAAUUGGAGAUGGUGAAGGUGGAACCUGUUGAGAAUCAGUGCCCAACAUCUCAGUCUAACAGAGGCCAACAUAUCCUAGCUAAUUCAAGCAACAGUAAUCCAUCGUCCACAAGUCAGGCUAGCCAGCUGGAGCCACUUACUCCUGUAGGCUCAGAUAUUACAUCUUUUGUGGUUGGAACAGAACAAGCAAUUACCUGCUCUCUACCACAGUCACCUGAGUACAUCUAUACCAUCCACACAGCUCAACCUGUGGAAAAUAGCACAAUGCAGGAAUCUGCAGCCAUACAACAAGCUCACGUCAAACUGAAGGAGCAGCUAAGUCAUAAUCCAUCUCCAUCUUCAGUAGUAUUUGUGCAGGAAGGGCUACCAUUCAACACACACCAGGUGGAUGCCAGUAUAAAAUGCCAGACCAGUCCACCUGAGAAUAUCUUGCCUUCAGAACAGAUGGGAUUCCUCAUUUCAGAAAUGGGGCCAGCUAGCAAAUCUAGUAAAGACACAGGCUUAUCCACUCCAGCCAGAUACAGAGAGCGAAGAAGCAACUCACAACAAGGAAAGUCCCCUGAUCUUCAUCUGCUGGUGGACGUGGCCUGCAAGCAGGAGCACUUUCCAAAGGAGGAAGAAUUAAAAGAGUGAGGAAUGGAUGACAAAUGUGACAUUGUGCACUAGCCGUAGCUGGAGGCAGACUAGUCUUGCACAUGACACACUGUUGGGAUUUUUUCAGUUCUGUUAAGGAAAAAAAUAUUUUUUGUUUUGUUUAUUGAGAAUUUUGUUAAUUGAAAAUUGGGAGUUUGGUAUUUACUACAACUGUUCAGUUCAGAUUGUUUACCUUGACAAACUACUAAACAUCUAGCAGCCAUUUUUUUUUUUUUUUUUUUUGCUGCCCAGAUCCCUUUCAAAUGAAAAGUCCUGGCCUUUUAUUACAGUGAAGAAGCAUCUAAAAACUGCUGCAUCUAUGGUACUGGAGCAUAAUGUGUGCGUGCUGAGUUGUCUUGCCACUCUCAAACGAUAGUCAGCACAACUCCAAUGGGGAGUUCAGUCUAUCUGUUUCAAGUCACAGUGUGAUCCUUUUAUAGAAGAUUAUGUGAAAAACAAAGACACGUGAGGUCACCGAGAUCACAGGUCUAAAUGGGUCAGGAAUUCCAGGGAAGAAAUUCUGGUAAAGAGCUAAUUUUCCAAGUGAUUAACCAGGAAAUUCUCUUACUUCCUAACCUAGCAUUCUGUUCCAAGAGCAAGGCAUCCGGACUUAGACCAUCCAUCACACUUAACAACCCCGAUUCUUUUAUAUUAAUGAGAGCAUUUUUCUAUUUUCAUAUCUUUCUUUAAUUUUAAUAAUACAUUGUCAUAAAUGGUAAGGUUUUGUUAAUAUCACUUACUUAAAUGUCUUCUAAAGAAAAAUAUUUAAAUUGUUUAAUGUAAUUGUAUUCAUAAAUGCUGGUAGGUUUAAAGGUUUUAAAGCUUUAUUUUUAUUAAUAUUGCAGGAUAGAAGGAUAAAGGAUGCAUGUGUAAUAUUUUUAUUUUGAAGGGGAAUGUACAAUGUGUGAACAAAAACAUUAAGAGAUUUUACAUAGUGUUUUCUUAUUUUAGAUUUUUACAUUCAGCAAGUACAAAUCCUCAUAUAUGUAAGGUAUUGUGUACAAAUUUGGGGGAAAUCUGAUUAGUUGUCAUUUACCAGAAGCUGUGCUCCAGUAUUUUUUCUGUAUAUAUCUGGUUUGAGCUUCUAAGAGAAUUUUAGAUAGUGGGAUGGACUAUAAUCCCCUCUAUAGGUUUCUACAUUUGAGUAGUAGGAUUGUGGGACUGUUAUGGAGAAGACAUCUUAGAUGUCCAUAUUCUGUGGUUGUUCCUUUAUUUGCCUGUCCAAUGACAGCAAGAACCUUUCUGAUUUAGAGUCUUUUAAAUUGACUAGAACUUUUCUUACUGUAUUAUGCCUUAGUUUUCCUAGUAAACAAAAGGAAAGCCUAGGAAUAUGAAACUAAUGAAAAAGGCAUUUAGUGAUACGACGUAAAUACUUUGCUAGACAUUGUGGAUGUAACAGUUCAUUUCUUAUAUUGCAUUGUGCCUUUCCAAUGAUGUCAAGUCCUAGAAGUAUUACAGAGAUAUGGCUCUUUUGGAAAAGGGUGAGCUCUGUAUUGGUCUGCAAUGACUCAAUUAAGAUAUGGUAGUAAGUUCUGAAGAGAUGUCUGGUUUUUCUGUUGUCCAUGUUAUGGGCAUUUAUUCAUCUUUAUUAGCAUGGCUUAAAAGAUGGACAAAUUAUCAAGACAUCUACAUUUUUUAGCCAGGCAGUAUAUUUUGGCAGAGUACAUGAAGAGGAGACCUUAUUUCCUAAUGAGAGAACUUUGCUUUUCUCUGUCAUAUUGAAGAGUUGGUGAAAUGUCUUAAGUGAUACUCCUUCCCUUCAAUAUGCCUUUCUUAGCUUUAUAUAUGUUGAAAGAGAUAAUAUUAUUUGAGGAACAUGUGUCAAGCAGGAACCUUGGCAUAGAUUUGGUUUCAAUGGUUUUAAGGCUUAAUUAAUGAAAUGCCUUGAUCAGCCUUCCAAACUUUUUUAUAUAUGUAUACAACAGACUAAGGAGCUGGAUCUCCUGCUAUACUCACAUGCCUGGUACCUAUCAAAUAAAGCUAUCAUCAAUGACUUGGGCAAAAUGGCAAGAGGUAAAAUAAAAUCUUCAUGUGAAUUAGCCAGUAGGGUCUGACACAUGCUAACAAGGUUCCUGACUAGCACCUCAGUAUUUCAGCACCUUAAGCACCAAUGAAUUUCAGUCAACAAUAAAGUGAGUGUUCCAACUAGA